GAGCUUCAUCAGGAGGCGAUGUCGGCAUCGCCGUGACAUCACCCCGCGGCUUAUAUAGUUGGAAAAGGGUCUGGGUGCCCCGUCUGGUGCCUGCAUCCGCCCCGCCAGCCCGUGUGCAAGAGGACUCGGAGCGGAGCGGCGCUGCUCUGUCUGUCGAGGGCGGCGCGGCAAGGAUGAGAACCCAGCUGGUGUGUGUCAUGCUGCUGGCCUUGGCCUCCUGCAGCUUCUGCUCAGAUUCAGAAGAGGAAAUGAAAGCGUUAGAAGCAGAUUUAUUGACCAGUAUGUACACAUCAAAGAUUAACAGAGCAAAACUUCCUUACUGGAAAAUGACCCUGCUAAAUGUCUGCAAUCUUGUCAACAACAUAAACAACCAAGUGGGGGAUACAGUAGAGGUAGAUGAAGAGGAUCUCGUUUCAGGAAGACAGUUUCCUGCUGCUCUGGAUGGCUUCAGCUUGGAAGCAAUGCUGACAGUAUAUCAGCUUCAAAAAGUUUGCCACAGCAGAACCUUUCAGCACUGGGAGUUACUUCAGCAAGAUGCUUUUGAUCUAGACAACUCAAGCCAAGACAAGGAAAUAAUGAAAAGAAAAAAUCCCUAUAUUCUGAAACGGCAGCUACAUGUGAACAAAGCUAGAAGACCAUACAUACUCAAGAGAAGUUCAUAUUACUGACGCAGCAGAAGAAAACAAUGUAUAUUUAGUUUCUAGGUUACUGUGUGUUAUAGUUAUCUUAUUUAAAUCUAAAAUCAUACUUGUGUGGAAAUAUAUUAUAGAAAAUCAUUAGGUUGAUAACAUAACUGUGUCUUUUUUGCAAUUGUUGUUUUGAUUGUGAUUUUUUCCUACUUGAGAUUUAUUGGACCGAUACAUUUGCAAAUAAAUUAGUUUCUAAGCAUGACAUAUUGUACAAAACUGAGAUUUCAAUGUAUUUCCAACAAUAUUGUAGUCUUUUCCUAUUUUAUAAAGCACAUCAACAUAAACCAAGUAAAAUUGAUACUGUUCAUAAACCCUAUUGAGAAUCUUACCAUUUCCUAAUGCAACACCUCAAAUAUGUAUACACUUGAAAAUUUUUAUAUAAUAUACUAGUCAGAAUUAGCACAAUAUUUUAUAUAUUGGCCAGUUGAAUUUAUUAGGGAUUAGGUAGAAGGAAGGAACCAAAUAUUAUCAUCUAACUAUUAAAUGGCAGUUUUAAAAUUCAUGUUCUAAAUACCCUGCAUGUAAAUAAAUUUUCAUUUUUUGGAUCUUAACUUGCCACUGAAUAUUCAUAAUUUAAGAAAACAAUACAUAAAUGAGACUUUAACAAAAUAUGCUAGUGAGAACAAACCCUGCUUUAGAGUCUUGUGUAUCACUGACUAAAUAUGAAAAGAGUUUAUUAAAUCAGUAAAAAAAUUUAUGGUGUUUGCCUAAUAAAUGAAUGCUCAGGAAAAAAAAAUAAAGAAAAAAAAAUAAAAAAGCUUAUUCAUGCUC